UUUUUUCUCCCCCAUUUGAUGAUUGUUUGGCGGUUAUUAUUAGGACCGGUGACGUCACGGGCGUGACGGUGUGCUCGCGACGUCACGCGUCAACGGACGUGCGAGUGACAGACGAGCGGAGGACACGCGAGGCGAACAAAGACCGAGACGGCGGCGAGGAGGACGGGAAGAUGUCGGCGGGCCCGUGCGAGAAGUUCCAGGCGAACUUCUUCAACCGAGCCAAAUGUCAGAACUGCUUCAAGUCACGCGAGCUGCACGUGCCCGCGCGUCCGCCGAUGGAGCACGCCAAAGCGGUGUACGCCGGCUGGCUGUGUUUGGCGCCCGAGGGGACAGAGUUUGACAAAGCGGCCCACAGAUCACGGAAAUGGCAGCGUCGUUUCUUUGUGCUGUACGAGGACGGCGUGGUGACGUUUGCGCUGGACGAGCUGCCGAGCACUUUGCCUCACGGCAUGCUGGACAUGAACACGUGCACGGCCAUCUUGGACCCGGAGCUGCGCACCGGCCUAAAGAACUCGUUGUGUAUCGUCACCAUGGAAAAGGAAGUCUACGUCCGCGCAGACAACAAGGACGCCAUCAGCGGGGCGAUGCCAACAACCUCAAGAAGAAACGCAAAGUGGACGCUGCGAGCGUGCCGGUAUGAAAUGAACACCUUCAACGUCAAAACUGUGAUGUCUUCAAAGGAACCUUCUCCCGCCAAGAUGGCCGCCCCUGACCCCACCUUUCAAGCGCCGCUGAUGGCAGGCGGUGGCCAUUUGCAGGAAGACCAACAGGUGGAGAGGAACCCUGUCUGGACUGUAACAGGAAGUGAUCUCGCAAAUCCAGAACACACCCUCGCAACAGACUCCCAUGCGUGCGAUGUCGGUGACACACACUCGACGUGCGGACGUUUGCAUCCAGACCGUGAUCCAACUGAGCAGGAGACAGAGAGCAUCCAAACGUGCGCCGACAACAUGGACGCGAACCAAUUAAGCUGUGACGUUCCAGCAGGGAAGCGACCGAUGAGCGGCGAGGCAUCCGGGAUGCAACGGGAAGAGAGGACGCGCUCGUCCAGGCGGGGCAGGAGUGACGCUCGCCCCUCCGAGCGAGAGCCAGAUUUACUCAACUUCAAAAAAGGAUGGCUGGUGAAGCUGGACGACGAUGCUCAGUGGAGAAAGUUCUGGUUUGUCUUGUCUGCUGACAGCCUGAAGUUCUACAAGGACACAAUGGCCGAGGAGGCUUUGGAGCAGGAAGGCGAAGUGGACCUGAGCGAGUGCUUCAAAGUGUCAGAGCAGCAGGUCCAGAAGAACUACGGCUUCCAGAUCCACACUCCGAACGGCACCUGCACGCUGUCGGCCAUGACAGCAGGAAUACGGAGGAACUGGGUCCAAGCUCUCGUGAAGAAUGUCCACACCGCUCCGACUGUCACCGGUUUAUCAGGCUCAGUCGCGGUCCUCAGCCCUAACCUCGAAUCUUCGGUCAAACCGGACGUGACCCCGGAUUGGUCGGAGCCGGAUCGGCGUUCCGAGCCCCGGAGCGUUCUGGAGCGAAGGCGGGAAGGCCGUUACAAGACCUUCGACUGGGCCGACUUUCAACCGCCAGGCAGAUCGGCUGCAGACGUCGGUGGAUCUCCGCCGCCGCCGCUAUGUCGCGAGCUGGAGAAGAAAAGGAGGAGGGAGGCCAGGAGGAGGCGCUACGAGAGCAUCCUGGGCUUGUCUCCCGGGCGUGAGGUGAUGGGCGACGCGGCAGGGCCUGCCAGUCUGAGAGAUGAAAUGGAGGCUUGCUGGAAGCAGGUGGAGAGGAACAACUCCAUGAAGAGCGCAAGGAUCCUCCACAUCAAUCACGACAACAAUGCCGCCGACUCCGUGCACGACUACAAGAAGGCGUUUGAGGAUCUGAAGCGUCAGUUGGAAUUGUCCGAGCGCGGCAGACAGGAGCUGGAAGCUCGCCUGAGCUCGUGCACUUAUCGAGCGACUGCAACGUUGGAGUGUUUGCAAAGAUCUGGAGAUGGUGGUCACUCCCUGGGUGAAAUCACAGGAAGUAGAAUACCAGAGCAUCAGCUUCAGCAUCUUGACAAUGACAAGGACACGCCAGCAACGUGGGCGUGUGACACGGAUGAGGAUUUACUUCCCCUCCGGUGCGAGAGCUUGGCUUCCACGGCAUCAGACAGCUCAGACCUUCAGACCAUGGGUGAAGCUCAAAACGAACCUGUGGACUUGGAGGAUUUUAUUGGGGAUCGGCUGGAGAUUCCAAGGAAGGACAGUCCACCGUGUCCAGACUCUAUAGGCGAUUGCCGGUCCUCCACGUUGGAUGCCUUGGCCGAGGCGGGCGGCGACCAAGCGACGGUCAUGAAGCUUUCCCAGGAAGUGGAAAUCCUGGGUGGCCAGAAGGAAGCCCUCGACCAGCGCAACCAGGAGAUGCUCAACCAGCUGAGCGAGGCAGACCGGGAGAUCCAACGUCUUAAGGAGGAGCUCAGCCUCAGGUGUACAGAACAGCUUCCCAAACAGAUGGAGGACCUGCAGCAGGAGCUUCAGGAGAAGGACCUGCAGCUCCUGCAGGCACAGACCCUCAUCACCUCCCUAGAGAACAGGCUGGGGGAUGCCGAGGAAGACGAGCCGAGCGUGGGGAAUGCCGAGGUAGCGAGUGUAGGGAACACCGAGGGCUCCCUGCUACGAUGCUUCCAAGCCACCGAGGCCAAGCUAACAGAGCUUGAGCGGAAGCUCCACCAAUCAGAGUUCAGCUGCAGGCAGCUCCAGGCAGAGAACGAAGCCUUGAAGGAAGCCGGGAAGCUUCACAGACAAAACGCCACGCAAACCGAGGCAGACUUCUCGCGGCCUGCCCCUGCGGACAGAAGAACGCAGCAGAUGCUGGAGUGGACCAUGCUCAGGUGGAAGGUUCUGGACAGGUUCCUGCAGGUUGUCGACAGACUGGAUGUGAUGAAGACCAAGAUGGGAAACGAGGAGGAAGCGGGGCAUCCAGUCACUUCCUGCCAGCUGAAGCUGGAGGAGCUUUGGAGCGCGUUGUUGGAUGACGUCAACGCCAACGCUUCCCGUACGCAAGAACAAAAUGAGGAGAUUCUCAAUGACGUGGCUCGACAGAUGAUUCCGGAAAAUCAAAUGUUGUUGUUGGGUGGGACUCUUCUCACUGAAGAUGACAAGAGCUCCGCCGGUUUAGACAGGAAACACAAGGAGAACAUCCAGGAUGUUCUUGGAAAUACCCAAUGUGUCAGCGCACCGGAAAGCGGCAGGAUGUCGGACGAUACUAAGCAUCUGAGCGCGCUGGACGAUAGUGGUGUGGAAUUUUUGGGGAUGAUUGUCCAGAUCAUAUCAUCCUGGAUCAACGUGAUGUCCUCCAGCUUGCGGGACAAAGUCGGGAUGACAGCCGAGCAUUUGCGGGCCACCUUCAUUUUCUCCACUGAGGCUGCGUUCUGCUUUCGCAUGACCAGCAAGUGCAACGGCUUGCUGGAAGAAAACACGGAACUCCGAAGGCGACUUUCCCAGGCAGAGAAGCAAACGGCCAACGUUGACGCCGGCAGCCAGGCGGAACAGGAAGCGGAAGAAGGGGAGGAGGUGACGAGACGACAGGAAGCGGCUCAAGUGGCUGCGCUGACGGGCCGUGUGACGGAUCUGGAGGAGCAGCUGUCAACGACGAGACAAAAACUGACCUCAGAUCAGAUGCAACAUGACGAGGAGGUGCAAAACAUUAAGGCGCAGUGUGAGCUUAGCCUGGCCGCCAUGGAGGAUUGUCACAUGAAGGCGGCGGAGGAGCUGCAGCGGCAACACCUCCAGGAAGUUGAAUUUCUCCUGGCUGAGAGAGACAGGAAGCUUGAGGAGGAGGCUGUUGCUACGGCAACCGCUGUCGAGGCCAUCGAGCGCGCUCACCGCGUGGAGUUGGGAAAGGAAGUGCAGAGGAGAUAUCAAACACUCAACGUCACAGGAAACGCUCUCAUGGAGGAAGUCUACAAACAACACAGUGAGGAGCUGGCGUCCUGUCAGCAGGAGCUGGUGGAUCUGUCCUAUCGGUUCACGCUCAAGUGUGUGGAAAUUGCUCACAUGACUCAAGAGCUGGACGCUCAGAGGGAAACGCUGAGUCAGCGGCGGCAGGAGAACCAGGAUUUGAUGGACCAAAACCAGGAGCUGAGCACUCACCUGGUGGCCGAGGCGGGUCGGCUGACCCAACAGGAAGUACUUCCUAACAAUAAGGGUGCCAACGUUUACAAGAUGGAGCUGCUGCUGCGUGUGAAAGAGAGCCAACUCCAGAGCGUGCGGCGACAGGUCGCCGCUCUGCAGGACAAACUGCAAGCGGCGCAGAAGGUCAAAGUUGACUUGACUGACGACUGACGGCACAGGAAGUAGCGGGAUGGAAAGUCUGUUGAAGCGCUGCCCGCCUCUGCCCUCAUGUGGCACAUUGAUCAUUUCCAUAUUUCAAAUAUCUUUGCAGGCGGCUCAUGUUGUUUUGUACAUUUUGUCCGUGGUGUUGUAAAUAUGUUGUUUAUUAUUGCGUCUUUUCUGUUUGAAAAAGGAGUUUAACGUAUGAGGAAUGUUCAUAUUUAUUAUGUAAUGUUGUAUUUUUUCCCCUUGUGUGUAACUCACAAUAAAGACAAAGAAGAUGUAAACUUUUGUUGUAUCAAGUAAAAUAAAACCAUCCUUUAAGUGUGAA